CGGGCGCCGACGGGGCGGGCGCCACGUCGGCAGCGGGGAAAGGCGCAGGAGUGAAGUCUGUGGCGGAGCUGAAGCGAAGCGAACCGAGCUUGCUGCGCGGCGUUUGCAGGAUACCUGUGUGGAAACACCUAACUAAAAGUCUUCACGGAGGAAUAUAUUUGGCAGCAGGCAGUGUGAAGAGGAACCUGCUUUAGGAUACACUGCAGUCUGGUGACCAGGGCACUCUCUUGCAAAGUGGAACAUAGGAGCUUGAAUCUUAACAGACAGAGGAGGCAUCACAUUGUAGGCAAUAAUGAAUCAAACGGACAAAAACCAACAGGAAGUCCCAUCAUACCUUCAUGAUGAACCACCAGAAGGUUCGGUAAAAGACCACCCACAGCAGCAGCCUGGCAUGCUUUCUCGUGUGACUGGUGGCCUCUUCAGCGUCACAAAGGGAGCUGUUGGUGCCACAAUUGGGGGUGUUGCUUGGAUUGGAGGGAAGAGCUUGGAAAUCACCAAAACAGCAGUUACAUCUGUGCCUUCAGUGGGAGUGGGGCUAGUCAAAGGAAGUGUUUCUGCUGUAGCUGGAGGUGUUACAGCUGUAGGAUCUGCUGUUGCAAGUAAAGUGCCUUUAACGGGAAAGAAAAAGGAUAAGUCUGACUAAAUCCAAAACUGAGACAUAUUUGAUCCUCCAGAAUAUUACAACAGUGGCAUUAAAAUCUGCUCAGAUUUGGACCAUGAGAAGCCAUGUGUCUUAGACACUUUAUCUUCUAAAGAGUUGUGCAAGUAACUAUUUCAUCUGAAAAGGACGGAAGAAGCUUGGCUAGCACGGCGUAUGAAGAUUCAUUAGAGCCUAGAUUGAAGCUUUGUAUCUGGUGAAAUGUUACACUUGAUAACUAUAGAAGUAAGUGUAUCUGAAGGGGUAAUACAUAUUUGAAUAUUCAUUUACUGUAAGUCUUUUGCGGUUUUGGACUAAAAUGUGAACACAAACUUGGUAGUCUCUGCUGUACCAUCAAUAUGGUGAGAUACCAUUUACUGUUCUCAGUGGUUUCCACAUCCUCCUGCUAAGGAUUCUUCAGCUUUGUAAUGGCACUGUAGGAUGUGCCUGAAUAGUUUGGGUUAUGAAACUGUAUAUGCAGGCAGCCUGUAAACUCCCAGUGACUGCUCUGCCCUUGCAUACUGGAGCAAAUAGAACUGGUGUGGUGCAGAAACUGGAAGUCACAGUGGAGAUAGAAGAGAGAAGGUUCAACAGCAUGGUAGAAGGGAUCAUGAAGAGUAAACUAACAAUGCCUUAUUAGAGAAAAAAAUAUCUUUUUUACUAGGUGAAGCUGUCUGAAGAACUGUCCAGUCAUUUCAGUGCAGUUCACAGAUAACCUUUAGGCUCUCUUUAUGAAUCCUGGUAACUGAAACCUUUUCCAUUUUUACUGAAACAAGAUUGUUCCAUCUCAGGUGUAUUUCCUGGCAAGUGAAAACUUGCUUCUAAUAAACUUCUUCUAAACACUAGAAAAAAUUAUGGCUUAAUGGAAACUGGGCUGAUGUUUGUGGUCAUCUGGCACAACUGCCUGACUUGAAAUGCCUUUGUGUAGUUGGAAACCACUGAAGAACUGGCAAAGCUGUUGUCUCAACUCCAUGAUGCACUAGGUUUAAGUUUCUUGCUCUGUUAAAGCAAAUGUAAGGAUUUUUUCACUACAUCUUUCUCUCAUACUUUGCAUUUUGAUGUUUGAGUCAAAUGCAAUACUCUUAUUUAAAAGAAACCAAAAAAGUAGAUGGGGCCUUAAAAGAAAAUAGAACCAUCAUCCAAGUAACUUGUAUACUGACAGAUUCCAAAUGCUGACACACCUCCAGUGGGAACAUCUGUAGAUCCUCAGCCGUGUGAGGGGAAAAUGCACUUGUAACAACACAGCUUGUGGUUGCCUUAAAACAAGCUGUUAGUGAUCUUUUUGUGUACUGACUUUGCAGAUGAGUAACCUCUUCAGAAGCCCACAGAAGGUGGCUGUGAAUGUUGUGUAUGCAGUGUUUUCUACAAACUUGUGUUCCUGCACGGAACUUCUAAGCACAUAAGCUUCCUUUUUCAGUGGCUGUGAUUGUACAAGAAGGCUAUAUAGGGAGACUUUUUAGAUAUUAAAAAACAAUCAAAACAUAUCACUUAUCUAAAGAUUAGUCCUUUUUUCACGGAUGUUGAAAGUGUACUGGGUGUAAGUUAUGGUACAGUAGUCACCUAGCCUUUCUGAGCCAUUGGUACUUCACUCCAGAGCAGCUUUAUCUGGUAUCAGUAAUUGUAUAUGUUGGUAGUACAGUAUUUGUAAGCAUGGGGAUUUAGGGUGGUGGGGAAAGCAAUAGCCCAAUAAAUGGCUUUAUCUGCUCCUUUUGUUAGAUGCACCAGCUGCUCAGCUCCAACCUGCUGCAAGGGUGUGGUAAGUUUAUGCAACAAAUGGAAGACUUUAACUAUUUUUAAUAGUCAAAGCUAAUUACACAGAAUACACUGCAGUUCAAGGAUGCCAAUUAACUCUAGAAAUGAGCUAGCCUGGGUAUCAGAGGCAUUGUGGCUGCAGCAAAUAACAUGUGGUCUGCUGCUGUGCAGUUCCCAGUGUAGACGUAUCCCCACAGUGCUACGGCUGAACCCUUGGAGUAACCUGUUUGGAGCACAGUUGUAUUUGUGACACUCAGCCAAACCCUUCCCAAUAGUUUGCUGAAAACAAAUGAACUGCUCAUACCCCUUUUUUUAUGACAUUCUCUAAUUUUUAUACUAUGAAACUUGCUGCAGAACAAGUAUGGUCUGAGAUAAGCAAUGUGAGAUCUGUAACAAGCUGCCGACACACUUCAUGAUGUUUUGUUCUUGACGUAUCCUGUAGUUAUUACCUCUGAAUCUUGUAACUGAAACACUUCAACAUGGCAUAUGGUUUUAGUUUUCAAAAACAGCUUUGUCCUGUAUCUUGUAUAUUUUCCAUUCACUUCUGAAACUUGUUUUGUCUUAAAAACUUGUUCUGAUUCUUUCCUGACACUUGUGAAACAUUAAACUGUUGCUGUUUCAGAUGCUUAAAA